AUGCUUUCCUCUUGCUCUUGCUCUUUUUGUUUUUUGUUUUUCGCAGACUUGGUUCUAGCUAGCUAUGAUCCCGUCGAUUUCCAUAGAGAAGUGUGUGGCAGAGGUGGAGGAGAGUUAGAACCAGAAGCUUCAGAUCUUGGGGUUUAUUCCCCAUUGGAUUUUCGGUAUUCUCUUGUGCCUUGGCAGAUCAUGAUGCGCUCUUCUCUCCUCUUGGCAGAUUUGGUUGUUUUUGUUAUGGUUCUAGAUGGCUUCGGUUGUGCAUCAUUUGUACAGCAAAGUGUUGUUUCUUAG